GACUGGGAGACCCGGACACCAGACCCUGCAGGAGAUCCCUCUGCCACCCACACGCGGCUUCCACUCCCAGUAACAAUGGGGGGAAUCGGCGUCUCUCUGUCCAUUGUCCUGGCUCUGGUGACCCUCAGUUCUAGUGAUGCUGGUUCUGGUGACCCUCAAAAGACAAAGUGUGACCUGUCCGGCCUGUGGCGGAACGAGCUGGGCUCGCUGAUGGAGAUACAUGACGUUAACGAGGCGGGAGAAUUCUCCGGCGAGUACCUCACAGCCGUGACGGCCACCAGCAACUGUAUCCAGAACUCGCCCCUGAAGGGAGCCCAGCAUCAUACAAAGGCAGAGACGUCUCCGGUCUUCGGCUUCACUGUGAACUGGGAGUUCUCAAACUCCACCACCGUCUUCGUGGGCCAGUGCUUCGUGGAUGAGAAAAGGAAGGAAAUUCUGAAGGUUACAUGGCUGCUGCGUGAGAAGGUCGGGUCCCCAGGAGACAGCUGGGGGGCCACCAGGGUCGGGGGUAGGAGGAGGAAGCGUGGGGAGCCGGGUCAGAGCGCAGGGACCCGGAAGAGGGCUCUUUCAUGUGAGGAGGGCUUUAAACUA